AUGGCAGCUCAUGAAUUUCACUUGGAGGACUUCUGGCAAAGUUACAAAUGCAGACCGACGACUAGUUGGGCAUCAACGCCUGUGGUGUGCACGUCAUCGGGCAAGUGGGACUUGCAGUUCCGUGGCAAAAGGGCGACCCCCAAGCCACAGUUCUUUGGAAGCUGGACUUCAUCCCUUUUUGGUGUGCGGCCUUCCAGCCGAGCUGCGACUGCUCCUGGAGGUGCAAGGAAGGAUUUCUCUUCGACCAUCCGUUCGCAGACGUCCAUGAAGUGGAGCUCUUCCUUCCUGCUUGAUGGCGGUGGAGAAUCCCCUAUGUCCAUGUGGGCAGAUUUUCCAGGGCUCGGCACCGUCUCCGAUCGUUUUUCUCCGGAAGAUGACGAUUUUCAGGCUCUACAAAGCAUGGAAGUGUCCAGCUGCUUCAACUGGUGCUGCUAUUUGCGCGAGGUUGUGAAUUCGCCGAUGCUUCUGGCAGAUCCCAGCAAGUUUGACAAGCUCGAGGGAUUGGAGGAGCUUCCGGUCAUGGAUUCGCCACUUGAGCAGUAUCUCCACGCUUGCAGCAAGCUUGGCACUCGACCGCGACCCCUGCCCUUUGUCACCGGCCAUUCGCCGAACCUCCAUGCGGCAGGUCACAGCUUGACGGACCAGGAUUUGCUGAGUCUGCUUACGCUGGCAAGGCAGGUAGAUCUCAUCGAGGAAGUGGAUCUUUCAGACAACGCCAAGUUGACGGACGAAGGGAUGAUUCCAUUUUUGCGAGAGAUUGGGGAGAAGAAGACUUGCCUUUCUUUACUGAACUUGAGCCGCUGUCGAUCAUUGGGCGAAUCUUCCAUCAACCUGCUGACCUCCAUCAUGCAGCAGGGUGGUUUGGGCCUUCUCUGGUCCAUUGAUCUGAGUGGUAUUGCUUUGCCGAUGGGUGCCGUGCGCCCCCUGCUUGAUGCAAUUGGGCAGCACCCGACCUUGACCAAAGUUGGCCUGGCAAGUCUGGGAAUUGGGCGACUCGGAGUUCGCAGCGCCAAGAACAGCCUGAGCUGCCUGUUUCAGGGCUACCUGCUGGAGGAGGUUGAUUUGGCUUGGAACACUUUCGACAGUGCGUCGUUUGCACAACUGGGCCGCUGCCUGACCUCGGCGGUGAAACUGCGCUCGCUUAGCAUUGCUGGAUGCUCCAGUUCCUCGCGAUCGACCCGGGAUCUUCCGAUUGAGCACUUUCUGGAGCUCCUCCCGAACGCCCAGAAGCUGUCUGUCCUGAACGUGACGUUCAACCACAUAGACUUUCGCGGGGCGUUUAUCAUUGAAGACGCCUGUGACUCCUUGCGGUGCUUGAGGCAGUUGGUGAUUGUUGACAAUCCUCUUGGAGUACUCGGGCAGCGCUGCCUUUUCAGGCUUUUGGCUCACAAGACCUCUGGCUUGGAAUGGUUGGAAUAUGAAGGCUGCGCAUAUGAAAGUGCAUCCUUGAUGCUGGACAAGGACUCGCAGCAGAUCUUUUGCCCUCAGAACCCUUCAGGGCGCUAUGAGUUUGAUCUGGCGCGGCCCUACCACCGCGCUCUCUUGCGGCGCCUCUACAAGACAAGUGAAAGAUUCAGAAUCAGGCCAUCCGUUGCGUUUGGUCAGAUCAAGAGCUCCUCUGGCUACCAACAUCCUCACAAACAUCGAGGCGUUUGGAAUUUGCCCAGUGGAGGAGACCUCACCGUCCACUUCCAGGUGGACGGAAUAGGCAAUGAGUCCUUGGAAGGAAGCCGCUUUUCUAGUUUUGAAAGCUACCUGGCCCAGCACACCUUGAACCGGCGCGUCAAGCCAGCUGUGCACAAGGUGGUGCCACUGAUCGCGCUUUGGAGAAGGAAUCGUUUCAGCACCAAGGAGCAAGAGACCAUGCUGCAAUGCUUGUGCAAAGACUUCCUCCUGUCCGUGGAGCAAAUCCGCGCUCUUGUUUGGUCAAGUGCAGUCCGCCAGACGGAGUACCUUUGCGUCUGCAGUCUGCCGCAGGAUCGACCUGUACAAGUUCUCUCUAUGCUACAAACCACUACCAUGGAGGAGUAUGUAUCCAGGUGCAAGUACCUUCGUUCAUUUAUGGCCGUCAACUACGACUGCCCGAAUGGCCACUACCAUUUGGACAUGCUGUCAGCCGCAGACCGAGCGGUGGCGCAUCAUCUUUUUGUGCUGAAUGCAUGGGAGAUCCAGCUCGACAAACGCAUGCAACGGAUGGACCUAUCGGAGCUGGGAGAUGGAUCACACUGGCGGAACGUCACUCAUCAGGGCGGACCGUGGCGGAUGGAACUGACCAGGUGGAUGCCGCCCCCGGAUGGCACGCUUGACUUCGACUAUGUUUCUGCAAAGAGACCAGACCCCAAUCAAGCUCCGAUCGAUCUGCCCAACUUCGCUCGCAUGUUGCAGUUGUUGGCAAGCUUCGAAGAGGCGCCGCUGGCAAAGUUUUUGGCAUUAAGAAGGUGCGCGCAUCGACUCUUCUUGACCAGCGUGCAACUGCGUGAGCUUCUGUGCACUUGCAAGUUGGUGGACACCAAGCUUCAGCUCACGGUUUUGCUGUACUUCCAGGUGGUAGACAUCUUCAAUGCAAAGGCUUUUCGAGUGCUAUUUGAUUCGGCAGCGAAUGAGCAGCUGAAGAAGUGCUUGGGAUACGUGGUGACAUUCCUCUUCCUUCAACCUGAGGGCUUUCAUGAGCUCGCCUUGGAUCAGCGUGAGCAGCGUCUUCUUGCCCAUUGCUUGGCGUGGCUCCGAAGUAAAGAGAAAUCCAACAUGAAGGAGGUGGUGCUGUGUGACAAAACCGGCAGGCGCAUCGCUUUGUCAAAGGGCCUGCCAAAAGCCUGGGAGAACCUUGAGAAAGUGCCAAGCAGGGGGGCCGUGAGCUUGACGUACCGCUGCAUCCCUGAAGACCGGAGCAUUCCUUUCCGAAGACAACUACAGAUGCAAUUUGGUGGGUGGAAGCUUGGGCCCAUCUCAAAGCAGUCCAUGAUGUGGUGCGCAAGUACCUCGGAAGUGCCUGCAGAAGUACUGCAGUUGUUCCACGGUGCAAUGCGGGACUCGAACUCAAGCUGGAACCCAGACGCAGGUGCAAGCGUGGACCCCGGUUUCGAUCUGCUGGCAGGUCAGGUCAGCAAGACUGCACUUACACGGCAGGACCUUUUGCAAGCCUUGGUUUCUUGGGGAUUUCUGCCAGCGGAAGAGCAAGAAGAGGAAGAGGUCUUGCGUCGGGCAGAUGAAAUUUUUGACUUCUUCGUCCCUGGGCGACAGAAGUAUUUCUCCCGGCGGGAAUGGACAAUUCUGGAAGACUUGUGGCGGGAAACGCAGCAGCAGAUCCAUGACUUGGCGCGUUUCGCCGCACGUAAGUUCGACUUCUCCAGCAACAUGCUAGAUAAGCUUUGGUCUUGCAUCAGUACGGGGGAAGAGAGACUUGACUCGGCAUCGUGGCUGCAGGCAAUCAAGGAGAAGCUGGACUUCCACGGUCCCGUAGAUGAGGUGUUUGUUGUUCUGGACAAGGCUGGCAAAGGCGAAAUUCCCGCCGGUCAACUGGAGGAUUUGGAUGCAGCGCUCGGAGAUUACCCUGCAGUUUGCCAGGGACAGCGUGUCUCAGAGUCGUUUCGCCAGAAAAUCAAGGGUGCACAACAGUCCCUGCGGCGUUCAUGA